AUGAAUUUAAAACAUAAUAGCGAUAAAAAUAAGCGAGGUAGAAAGAAAAAAAACGGUUUGUCUCAAAAACAGUGGAUAGAUAGAUUACAUAGAAGAAGAUGGCAUUACGUUGUUCCUCUUCAGCAUCAUCACCUGCAUUCAUGUUCAACUCCAAUGUCGCUGUGAAGCAAUCUUUUUCUUCAAUCUCAAUCUCCUUUAUAAACCCUAAAUCUUAUCCCACGGUUAGAAUUAACUGCCGUGCCGCCAAAUCUCGUAACCACCAGAAAAGUUCUUCUUCCACUCCUAAGAAAAAGACGAAGAAGAAAAAUUCUGCUGUUGAAUUUGACGGUUCAGAAAGUCGCAACAAGGACGUUGAAGUUUUGAGGGAGUUUCCGGUGGAUUCUGGUUUCCAAAAUGUUGGUACCGGUUUGGAUUCAUCACUGAACUAUGAUGAUGAUAGUAUGACGGUGCCAAGGCCUCCCACCGGCUUCUCUGUGGACAAUGAUGGCAGUGUUUCCAUCACUUCCACCAAUAGACUUGUCACUAUUAUUGAUCCUGACAAUAACCUUCCAUUGGAGUGUUUGAUUCGGAGAGUAUUCAAAAGCUCUGAGAGGGAGGAAUGUAUGUUAGUCUGUCCGGUUGACACGCCUGUGUAUAUAUCAAAGAGCACUGAUGAUGGAUGGUCAGUGAUCAGAGAAGAGGAAGCUGAAUCUAUCCUACCUGCUGCAGCUUUUGCACUGGCCAAGAUACACAUGCAUCUUGUUUAUAGCGGACACUUCUACACUGCACGUGGCGGUUUUUCCUACACAGAACACAAUAUUCUUGGCUUUCACACAGAUGAUGGUGAAGACAUAGAAGGCUUGCCAAGUGAUGAUGAUGUAGAAAUUACAUAUUUUGAGUUGGAAGGUACUAACUACUUGAUUCACACACCAUCUGAGCCACUUGAAUUUAUUGUUGUGAAGGGUGAGAAUGGACUGUUUCAAAUGGCUGAUGAUGACAUACUCGAAGACUAUGCUGUAAUUGAUGCCAUAGACGAGGAGAUUGAGUUUAAUGCAUUAGUGGAAGAAGAAGCUGCAUUUAUUGAAGCAAUGCUGGAGGAUAGUGAAAAUGAUAGUGAAAGUGAAAUCUAACUAUUUUUGGCUGUAAAGCUAUCACCAUGCUUUAGUUAGUACUUGUUGUUUGGAAAGUAGAGAUAGAAUGUCCUAAAAAGUAGAGAUAGAAUGUCCACUAUCAAUUUUGUAUUGCUUAAGUUUAAUAUCCAUUGUUUAGCACUUGCAUCCAAAACAAAAUAAAAGCGUUAUUAAUGUAACAAGAGUUGUUGAGCAAAUUAAAAGAGUGCUAUCUACAUUA